GGAUCUGAGCUCUGGUCCUCCUCACUGGGCAUCUCUGAGGCAUCGUCAUUGAAUCUUCCAGAAUCUUCUCACCUGCACCAUGAACAUCUCGCACUUCCUGGCCUUGCUGCUCCCAGGAUCCCCUCAGGGUCAAAACAGGAGCAGAUCAAGAAGCAUCCCGUACAACUUCUCGGACCACUGCCAGGAUUCUGUAGACCUGAUGGUCUUCAUUGUCACCUCUUAUAGCAUCGAGACUGUUGUGGGGGUCCUGGGCAACCUCUGCCUCAUAUACGUGACCAUUAGGCAGAAGGAGAAGGCCAAUGUGACCAACCUGCUCAUCGCCAACCUGGCUUUCUCUGACUUCCUCAUGUGCCUCAUCUGCCAGCCACUCACAGCCAUUUACACCCUUAUGGACUACUGGGUCUUUGGGGAGGCCCUUUGCAAGAUGUCCGCCUUCAUCCAGUGUAUGUCGGUGACAGUCUCCAUCCUUUCGCUUGUCCUUGUGGCCCUGGAGAGACAUCAGCUCAUCAUCAACCCAACAGGCUGGAAGCCCAGUGUCUCCCAGGCCUACCUGGGGAUUGUGGUCAUCUGGCUCAUCGCCUGCUUCCUCUCCCUGCCCUUCCUGGUCAACAGUGUCCUAGAGAAAGUCUUUCACAGGAACCACUCCAAGGCUGUGGAGUUUCUGGCAGAUAAGGUGGUCUGUACUGAGUCAUGGCCGCUGCACCACCACCGCAUCAUCUACACCACCUCCCUGCUGCUCUUCCAGUACUGCGUGCCGUUGGCCUUCAUCCUGGUCUGCUACGUGCGCAUCUACAGGCACCUGCGGAAGCGGAAGCGGGUGUUCCGAAAGGGCACCUACAGCUCGCAGGCGUGGCAGAUGAAGCGGAUCAAUGCGAUCCUUGUGGCCAUGGUGGGUGUCUUCGCCGUGCUCUGGCUGCCCCUGCACGUGUUCAACAGCCUCGAGGACUGGUACCAUGAGGCCAUCCCCAUCUGUUAUGGCAACCUCAUCUUCUUGGUGUGCCACCUGCUUGCCAUGGCCUCUGCCUGUGUCAACCCUUUCAUCUAUGGCUUUCUCAACACCAACUUCAAGAAGGAGGUCAAGUCCCUGGUGCUGACAUGUCAGCAGAGUGCCCAUGUGGAAGAGUCCGAGCAUCUGCCCCUGUCCACGGUGCACACGGAGGUCUCCAAAGUGUCUCUGAGGCUCAGUGGCAGGUCUAACCCCAUUUAGUCCGGUCUAAAGCUUCUCCCUGCCAUGUUCAUUACCAGGCUCCACCAUUUAGCUAAGUGGGCCAAUUGCAUCAUUACUGGCAAUGUUACUGGCAUUCUGGUGGCACUCCAUCACUACUGGCUUUCUGGAACCCAGAGAGGCUGGCCAGAGCCUAUUUUUGCACCCAUUUGCCUUGUGAAGCCUGACAUUCAGAUGGUCCAGCCGUUUGUUCCUGGGAGAAAUCUGAGUCUGGAUUCCGCAGGUCACAGCAUGCCUUGCAGCCUGAGCAGGUGCCAGAAGCAGAGACGCUUGUAGAGGCAGAGUUCAUUCUGGUAAUUCACAAACAGAUGCUCAGCCUGGGAACCCAAGGCUUUCACCUCUGCCAGCGAGACUGUGAGGUCACUGUGGGCUGAGGGAAGGAGCCCGUGGGGUCAGAGCUCUGGACCUUGGUCAACCCCUCACCUCUGGGAGAGCUGUUGUUGGCGGACAGACUUUGUGAGUGGUACAGAAGUCUAUGAAGGCAAGAUAGAGGGAUUACUGUCAUGUGAUUAGCAUAGUGUGUUGCAGAACACGGAUCCUGGUAAUCUUGGAUCCUCGUGCUCCUCUGUAGGAGGAAAAGUCCGGCCUGAGCAACAGGAAUCCCAGGAUUCACAUCCUGUUCCAUCUUUCUCUUUCACUGCCUCUGCCACCUUAGGUGGAAACAAGCCUGCAAGUAUCUCCCCUUGAUAAGCACCUUGAGGGGGACAUCUGCAUUGUCCUAGAGCUGAUCCUCCAUACCGAGGACAGGCCCUGGUGCAGGGAGAGGGCUCCAGCAAGGUAGGCUGAUGGCAAACGUGCCCCUGCUGAGUACUCAGCUGAGCACAGACGCCCUGCACCACGGUCCUGCAUGGGAAGGGCUCAGGCUGCUGCAGCCAUGCUCUUACCACCCCCUUCCUAGCCUGCAGGACUUCUCUUGACAAGGCAGCAGGCCAGGAAAUCUGUGACCCUCCCCAGCGUUAACCCAUUGCCAAGGCCAGUAGCACUCUGACCACUAAGCUGACUUGCUCUAGGUUAUGGGCACCAUUGUUCCAAAGCCUUGCCAAGCCUUCAGUAGGGGUAGGGACAGGGGGUUCUUUCGUUUGGCGUAAUGGGACACUGGCUGACAGGAGUAUGGGUUCCCCUUCCUCCAGCCCACCAGGGAAAAUGGAGAAAGGGCUACAAUGAAUACGAAUAUCUCACCCAUGGAGGUCAUGCCCCAGUCUUUUGGCUGCCGACCCAGAUCCAAGGCUUUAUCUUUUUGUGGACUAGACAGACAGGUCAAGAUUGCCUCUGGGCCACUUUUGAUGGGAGGCCCAGGUCUGGCUCUUGCCUGCUCAGACCCAACACACCCUGGGGCAGAGUGGGCACUGGCUAGACCCACCAUGGCCUCCUGGGGCAGGGUAUUCAGGUGCCCAGAGCCCCCGAGGAGUCUCACUGGCAGGCUACUAGGACUGCUGUUCACAGGAAGUCUGGCAGAGGGCCACGCAGCAGGAGGUUGAACAGCCACGUCUGACUGUCUCUCUGACCUGGCCCCUGACCAAGAACUUGUGCAGCCGACACCCAAGUCAAGUGCUCUUUGAGCCACCAGCUCCCUUCCUGGAGCUGUUUGUUUCGUCCCAGCUUUUGGUGACAGCGUUCAUUCUGUUCCUUUGGUGACCUUUACCUUGGCUUUUGGGAUAGAUUUUGAGCCACUCUAUCGGGCACAGCUUGUGCUGGCCCUCUGGUGCCAUCAGAUGCUGGCAGCUCCAGGUACCUGCCAGCAAAGCCCAGACCCUGGGGCUCAUCCCAGUGCGAUGUCAUUGACCAAGCUUCCCAAAGAAUUUGGGGGCCUCAGGUCCGUCCAGAGCCUGUGCAAUUGCCUAGAGUUUAUGCCUCAUUGCCCAUCUCAGUGGGGAUGCUUAGGGACAAGGAUACUUUAGGGUGCCCACACCCUUGAGGGCAGGGAGACCGGGCUGGGCAUCUGGCGAAGGUGCUUGGCAUUAGGAAUUGGGGUAGUGGGUGAAAGCUUCAUUGAGCAUCUUCUGUGCUCCCCUCGCCUUGCUUGGGUGGACACAACCUGCCCGGAUGGCUAUCUCCUGCUCCCAGUUCCUAAUGCCCCUUGCAGUUGUCUGGUUCCCCAGCACCUUGGAAUCUUGCUGCUGAAAGUAUGGUCAGAAGACCAGCAGCCUCAACAUCACUUGGAACUUGGUAGACAUGCAGGAUCUCUAUUCCCACUUGAGACGUAUUGAAUCAGAAUCCGCAUUUGAUCAAAAUCUCCAAGUUAAUGGUGUACACAUUCAAGUGUGAGAGGCUCUGCUCUAGAAACAGAGUGCCCUGCAGCCUGGAGCCAGUCGGCGAGCCCUGAGGACACCCACUCUGGGAUCUCGAAGGGAGCUCUAGGAAUCCUAGUUCCGGAGAUUAGGCUUUACAGUGGUAUUGCUGAAAAGGUAGGUUGUUUGGUUCUGGUUGUUUGUCUCAUC